GGCAGGAACGGUUAAUACUGGGUAGUGACUUGUGGUCAGAACCGUGAAAAGUUUGGUUGGUAAUGUACGUAUAAAUGAAUACUAAUUAAUGCGGGUAUUUCUUUUUGAAUUAAAUGCCAACCAUUUCGACAAUUCGUCUUGCAACAUAAAGAAUGCAAUGUCUUGGAAAACAGGAAAUUAUAUACUUGCUACAAUCAUCAUCUUAAUUCAGAAUACAUCACUUAUAACUGGGAAUAUUUCGUGCCAUAAGCCGAUCGCGUUUCAAUUAAUUUUUGCAGACAUGGUGUUGACAGACAACGUUAUAGCAAGUUACUGGGUAACUUCACAAGCUGAUUGUUUGUUUUAUUGCUACGAAAAUAAAAAAUGUCUAUCUUACAACUAUGAAUACAGUCUCUCGUACAACAAUGAAGGAAAACUUGGUCUUUGUGAGCUGAAUAACAAGACGAUGAGUUCAUGUCCUUUGAGGAAAGCAAUGGUAAUAAAAGAAGGCCAUGGAUAUUUUGAUGAAAUGAAUGUCGUUGAAAAGAAGGUGUAUGGAUCAGAGCAAAACCCAGGCACAUCUUGUCUGGACAUCAGCAGUUGUCAUGACAACGAUGGUGAAUACUGGUUAGCUUCCGAACAGACAUCCUGGGUUACCAUGAGAGUAUUCUGUUACAUAAAGCAAGACCCAAGUACCAUUAAUCUAGCUCAAAACAAGCCUGUCAUUCAAACAACCACAGGUUCUGGAGGUGUUGCAGAAAGAGCUGUUGAUGGCAUAAGAAGUUCAAAUUGGGGACAAGGUUCAUGUACUCAUACACAUACAAACUCCCCAUGGUGGAGAGUGGAUCUACAACAUGUUUUUUUCAUUCGAAAACUGAUCAUCACCAAUCGUUCAGACUGUUGUCCUGAAAGACUUUCAAAUUUCGAGAUCAGGAUUGGUGCUACCCUUAAUAACACAGAUGGUAAUUCCAAUCCUUUAUGUGGCGGAUAUCAUUCACUGAAGGCUGAAACCAAGAGCAUUGUGUGUCCCAAUCCAAUGAUUGGACGAUAUGUGAAUAUUAUUAUUCCUGGACCAGGAAAACAUCUUACAUUAUGUGAAGUAGAAGUGUAUGCAUAAAUAGUUUCCAUUCAAGCUAUUUUGAAUUUUGAUGAUAUCUUGCCAUAUCUUCUUUCAUUUCAUUGCUUUGUGGCAAAGAUGAUUGGUAUAGCUAUGCAUGUUUUGAUGAAACCAUUUCAUCAACUGCCAUUGAAAGAAACAUUUUAACAUUUCAACUUUAUAGCCUCUUCCGCAGGCAUCUCAAAUGGUAUUGAUGUCCCUGGUGAUAUUCUCACAAGUUUCAUAUUCAAUAUUUCUUAAAUCCAUUAAAGAUAUAUUGCUUGCAGAAGAGGCUAGUCUCAAACUGCACACUUCAUCAGAAGUUUAUAUAUGAGGUCAAAACUUUGACCUCGCUGUAUUCUUGUAUAUUGUCCAGGUUCCAGAUUUAUUUCAUGAGACAAUAUUUUGAAAAGUUAGCACUGCCAGUCACUGGCACUAUGCCACUCUACCUGAUUACCAUAAGAUGUAUCUUUAACUUUUAGCAUAGCCAUAGACCAAAUAAUUUUCUUUGAACAAAGUCUUG